UGUUAGUUGGCUUGAUUGAUUGUUGUCACCUGCAAUCAACUCACUUUCGCUCUCUUUCUCUAUCUCUCCUGUUCAAACAUCAUAUUGUUUCUACCAAAAUGAUCUGAAGAAAUCCACCCAACUGGGUAAAUCAGAGAAACACCAUGGAUCGGGUGCUUAAAGCUGCUCGAACAUCUGGAUCCCUCAACUUAUCAAAUCGUUCUUUGAGGGAAGUACCCACUGAGGUCUAUCAAAAUUUUGAUGGUGCUAGUGAAGGUGGCAAUUGGUGGGAGAUUGUUGACCUGCAAAAGCUGAUCUUGGCUCAUAAUAACAUUGAAGUAUUGAAAGAAGACCUGAAAAAUUUGCCACUGUUGACUGUGUUAAAUAUAAGCCACAACAAGCUAACCCAACUUCCUGCAGCAAUUGGAGGGCUUCCCUCGCUAAAAGCACUUGAUGUGUCCUUCAAUUUAUUAGCUAACAUACCUGAAGAGAUUGGAUCAGCGGCUUCUUUGGUCAAGCUCGAUUGUUCAAAUAAUCAACUUCUGGAAAUCCCUAGUUCUCUUGGACAAUGUGUUGAGUUAGCAGAGCUGAAGGCUUCAAAUAACUGUAUUGCAGGCUUGCCGGAAGAUUUAGCAUGCUGCACAAAAUUAAUGAAAGUGAAUCUGGAGGGAAACAAGCUCACAGAACUAUCAGAUCCUGUGAUUUCAUCAUGGAGCAAGCUCACAGAAUUUAAUGCCUCAAAAAACCUCUUGAAUGGUAUACCAGAGAGCAUUGGGAGGCUUUCACGUCUUAUUCACCUAGACAUGCAUCAGAACAAAAUUUCAACAAUUCCUCCAGCUAUAAAGGAUUGUUCUUCUCUUGUAGAAUUCUAUAUUGGGAUCAAUUUGCUGUCAUCAUUACCAGCAGAGAUAGGAGAACUUUCUCAGUUAAGCAUACUAGACCUUCACUCAAACCAGUUAACCGAAUAUCCGGUUGAAGCAUGCAAAUUGCAUCUGUCAGUUCUUGAUCUGUCAAACAAUUCAUUAUCAGGCUUGCCUGCGGAAAUUGGCUUGAUGACAAGUUUGAGAAAACUUGUGCUUAUCGGUAAUCCAAUGCGCACCAUUCGAAGUACAUUGGUAUCUGGACCUACGACUGCUUUAUUAAAGUAUCUUAGAAGUAGACUCCCCUCUGCACAAGAGGCUGAAGUAUCAACUCCAACUAAAGAUAACGUGGUCGCUAUGGCAGCUCGAUUGUCUUUGACCUCAAAGGAACUUUCCCUUGGAGGUAUGAACUUGACUACAGUCCCUUCGGAGGUCUGUUCAUCAAACGAAGUUACAAAAGUUGACCUUUCAAGGAAUUCAAUUGAAGAGCUACCUGUUGCGUUGUCGGGCUGUUCUUCGCUUGAGGUUUUGCUUUUAUCCAAGAACAAGAUUAAGGAUUGGCCUGGGGAGGUUUUGAGGUUACUUCCAAAACUUACAUGCGUAAGGCUUGACAGUAAUCCUCUUAGACAGAUUCCAAUGAACGGCUUUGAAGCCGUCUCCCAACUCCAAAUUUUGGACCUAAGUGGUUGUGUGGCUUCCAUACCUGACAGUACGGCCUUUGCUAGCUUACCACAUCUUCAGGAGCUUUACCUCAGACGAGUGCAGUUGCAUGAAGUCCCAUCAGAUAUUUUGAAGUUACAUAAGUUGCAGAUUCUUGACCUAAGUCAAAAUUCCCUCCGUUCCAUUCCAGAGGGAUUCCAAAAUUCAUCAUCCUUGAUUGAGCUAGACCUUUCGGAUAACAGCAUAACAACCCUGCCACCAGAGCUUGGAUUGCUUGAACCUAGCUUACAAGUCCUCAGGCUUGGUGGAAAUCCUUUGAGAAGCAUUCGGAGGACAAUAUUAGACCGGGGAACCAAAGCUGUCCUACAGUACCUGAAAGACAAAAUUUAAGAGCUCCUUCUAUUGAUGGUCUUUCCUGUUUGCUGCUGCUUGCCACUUAUAUGAAACGAAUUGGCAUGGAUUUAUUUGCCACUCUGAGUGGUGGAAGGGUUUCUUUCAUUUGCAUAGUAUAAUGACUAUCAUUAUCUGUAUUAUUUUACUUUUAGGCAAAGGCUCAAAGUCCAGGGCCUGUGUUUGGAAUUUUGGACUUGACUAUCAUGCCUAAAAAGCUGUUUCUAAAAUCUUUAAUUUUUUUACAAAUUUUACUCUGGAUAACUUUUACUAUUAUGGUUUCACUUAACUUUCUGUAUUUUGUUUCCUACUGAAACUGUGAAGCUUCAUGUAACGAAUUUCACUCUGGAUAACUGUCUGUUUAGACUUGAAUCAUACCUAAAAUGUUUUAAGUUUGACAGCCAUUACAAACUUACUACUUCUUUCGCUCCAUAACGAUGUUCCAGUUUAUAUU